AGUGAAAAAUAUUAGUUACAAGGAUUUGUGUUUUCCAGGAACGGCAUGCCAUAUAUGGGCUAUAUGAUAUGCACCAACAGGUUCGACAGGUAGUAUAUAUGAAGUGUGAGACCCGGGCCAGACAAGGCGUUACCUGGCUCUCUGUGUACAAGCUUGGUGACUUGAUUUCUGUUGGUCGAACGGGGACGGACGUUUGGAAUCUUCAGCUAAAAAGACGAUGAGCAACCAAAUGAAAGUGGUUCUCCUUGGUCGUAAUGGCAGUGGCAAAACUGCCGUGAUAGAAUCACUUCUUGGAGCAUCCAUUACACAUGGAACAUCAUCGUUAGGGUGGAAUAGUAUCCAUACAGUGACAAAGCAGAACCCUCACUUAACCAUUAUUGAAACACCUGGGCUAUUUGCAGAAGAACAGGAUAUUUACGCAAAUAAAAUGAGACUUGCAGAAUCGGUGUACACCUUCACACCAGGCCCUGAUGCCUUUGGACUUGUAAUUCGAAUAGGUCGAUUUACACCAGAGGAGAAGACAAUGAUAGAUAUUCUUAGAGAAAUGUUUGGAGAAGAAGUGUUUCAAUUUACUGUUCUUAUCUUUACGAGAUUGGAUGAUCUAAAGUAUGAUGGCGUUACCCUGGAGGAAUACGUACAAGAGAGUACACCGGAGUUGAAGAGAAUCCUUAAUGCAUGUGGAGGAAGAUACAUUGGUUUUGACAACACAGGAACGUGGGAAUCCAGAUCAGAGUGUGGACAUAAGCUGCUAUCAAUGUUACAAGAUCUCCGGACGGGGAACGGCACCAUGGUUUAUACUGUGGCCAUGCUUGAGGACGCCACUAGGCGCCAACAGAAGAAAGAAGAAGAGGCUCGCAAUGAACUAGAACAGAGCUACAAGGAAAUGAAAGAAGAGUUGAAAAGUACCAUGAGACAGGAAAUGGAGGAUGAGAUAAGAAGACAGAGGCGGGCUGAACAAAGCAUCACUGCCCCUAUUUUAGCGUUAAACACUCAACGGAGAGAUAUUACAACAGGAUGUGGGCCAAGCAAACCCCAAAGUAAAAUAUACACAAGACAGAAGGAUGUAUCGGGGGACACAGUCUGCAAAACAAAUUCAAGAGAAGGAGCUGCUUCUCUCAAACAUGAAAGAGGACCCAAGCCAAAGUUAAAACCAAAGCCUACAUCUCCAAAAGUACAACAACACCUCUCUACAGAUACGCUCGUCCAAGAUGGUGUUUCUACCAAUACCAAGAAUGGUGGCUCAGACUAUCGAAUGUUCAAAGCAGAUUCUUCCUGCUGCUAUUUGAGGCUACUCACCAACUUUUUCCAAUGGUGGGGCGCUCAUUUGGACGCGGCGACAUCAGCCGGGUUGUGGUCGGAAGAACAACAACGUCUUCACAUCAACAACCUGGACUUUCUGGCAGUGAUCCCAGCCUUAGAUCGCUGGAAACUUCAGCUGGCAGACAAGCAACUGACAAAGCAAAGUUUGCGGCAUUCAUCAACAAACAAGGCUCAACGAGACAGCGUCUUUACUGACCCUGACCGUCUGUCUAUUCGCUAUGAGGACAAGUUCAGAAUUCAACUGAAAGCGCGUCACAUUCCAGGUAACAAACGAAACUUCAAAGCCACCAUGAUCACAACUGGUGUGGGUUCUAUGCUGUCUAAAGCUGGCCCCUCUCUGACGAGUGCCCCUGAGCUUAAAGCUAUCCUCAACAAGACCAGGUGA